GCAUCAUGUCCAUUACGUUAUUCCGUACGACGGGGACCAGUCGGUGGUGGAUUCCUCGGAGAAUUAUUUUGUGACUGACAAUGUAACCAAGCAGGAGAUCGAUCUGAUGCUGGGACUUUUGCUGGGCUUUUGUAUAAGCUGGUUUCUGGUGUGGAUGGACGGGGUUCUCCAUUACGCCGUGCGAGCCUGGAGAACCAGCCGACGGUAUGACAAUUCCUGGUCUUGGAUUCCCAAAUUUUGUAACUUAAAGGAGUUCAGAAAACGUCACCACCGGCAGUACGAGGAGGCGACCGGCAACAUGGUGCACAUCAAACAGAAGCUGUACCACAACGGGCACCCCAGCCCGCGGCACCUCUGA